AUGGGUACCCUCCUCGAUGAGCGAGGUCUCACCAAGGGCCGUGGGGUCCUCGUCUCCUCCUUCAAGAGCCGCCAGAGCAGCGCCUCGGCAAUGUCAACGCGUACAAGCUACGAGGAGGAGCAGCGCUAUCGUUGCGAGGAGUCGAUCGUAGGGACAAAGCGGAAGGGGCCGACGGAAUUGGAUAAACCUCUAAUACACUACCAUUAUGUCGCCGGUUCCCUCGAAUGCUUCCACUCAAUCACCAGAACCAACUCGAAAAAGCGUCGCCACCCCCGUAAGGAGGAGCGUAGCGUAGCCGUAUCCAAACUUCCGUCCCACUCCUCCUUCCACGACCGCGAUCUGCAUAUUUCACACGACCCUUCCCUACACGACAUCGAUCCCGAUGACGCAUCCGAUGAGGAAUUCUCGGAAAUGUCUUGGCGGGACUACCCGGGCACCCCGGAAGUCCCACGACGACUUGGAGGAGGUCACCACAACGGAUUUUCGACCCCUCAACCCCCCACCCGAGAUCACUCACUAAUCGCAUCCGCAUCCAGACAAUCCCUACUUGUUCGAGAGGAGAAUAGACGCUACCUCCACUCUCCAGCUUCCUCUCAUCGCGCCUACGAUGAGCUCCAUCGCUUUUCCAGCAGCGGCGAUAUUCAGAAACGACUUUCCAGCUUUUCGCUUCACUCGAUUGCCGGUUUGAGACAC